GCCCAGCAGGGGAAUAUAAAUACCGUUCACUCUUUGGCCUACACCCCCUCCCCCUUCGAACACACCUCGCCCUCACCGGCACACGACAUACCAGCUUCUCCGCCCUCUCACAACUCUCGCCGCUUCCAUACACCAUGCCUGCCAAGAAGCGUUGCCAGUACGCUAUCGGUUCCCCGGACCACUGCAACCAGGCUGCCCUCCGUAUGAUUGGCUCAUGCCCCCACUGCAAUGCCCACUUCUGUGGUUCGCACCGCUUGCCUGAGCACCACGCCUGCAAUCAGCUCGAGAGCUGCCGGCAGCAGGCAUUCGACCGGAACAAGGCGAAGCUGGAGAGUGAGCGGACGGUCGCAUCCAAGAUGGCCACAGCGUAGAGCGGCGGUCGCUGCGUGCGCACCUCGUGCCCUGCACGCCCCUGCGCCCUUCGACCACCCUCUCGCCCCCUCUACCCACCCUUCACCUCGUCUACACACGUACGCCACUAUAUCCCCUACUCGCGCGCGCGGGCCUGGGCACCUACCUCCGUUACGUUUUUCACGACGCUAUAUGACUCGGUCUCCAUACAUGUCUUGCCCUCCCCUGCCCCCCACUUUCCCGCCCGCGCGCCCACCCAUACCACUGCGCUGCGUGCCAUCUUGCGAUUGUCGUUUACUGCUGGUCUUGUCACGUACGGACGCACUCCCCUCCACCCUAUCUAUAAUGUCACCGGUCUCUACGUACCAUAGAUGCUAUGCGCUUAAUGGUUGAAUGUGUAUAUUUUAUCUAUCGCUGCGAUUGCCCAGGA